AUGCACAUUUCCCACCUGAGCCUCUUGCGUGUGGCCCCUGGCUACGCGGAUGGGUAUUGCCUGAUCUGGCCUGAUUCUUAUGUGACUGGAGACUUCCAGCACUGCUCAGACCCAACUGGGGCCACAUCGGGCAUGUCCUGUCACUGGUGGUGUGGGCCUUGUUUUCUCCUUGUCUUUGGUUGCUUGAUUUUGUCAGUGUUUUCUACCAUCCCUGAGCACACAAAAUUGGCCUCAAGUUGCCUCUUGAUUCUGGAGUUCGUGAUGAUUGUCGUUUUUGGUUUGGAGUUCAUCAUUCGAAUCUGGUCUGCGGGUUGCUGUUGUCGGUAUAGAGGAUGGCAAGGAAGAUUGAGGUUUGCCCGGAAGCCUUUCUGUGUUAUAGAUACUAUUGUUCUUAUUGCUUCAAUAGCAGUUGUUUCUGCAAAAACUCAGGGUAAUAUCUUUGCCACGUCUGCACUGAGAAGUCUCCGUUUCCUGCAGAUCCUGCGCAUGGUGCGCAUGGACCGGAGGGGAGGCACUUGGAAGUUACUAGGCUCAGUGGUUUAUGCUCACAGCAAGGAAUUAAUCACAGCUUGGUACAUAGGAUUUCUGGUUCUUAUUUUUUCAUCUUUCCUUGUCUAUCUGGUGGAGAAGGAUGCCAAUAAAGAGUUUUCUACAUAUGCAGAUGCUCUCUGGUGGGGCACAAUUACAUUGACAACUAUUGGCUAUGGAGACAAAACCCCCCUAACUUGGCUGGGAAGAUUGCUUUCUGCAGGCUUUGCACUCCUUGGCAUUUCUUUCUUUGCACUUCCUGCCGGAAUUCUUGGCUCGGGUUUUGCACUAAAAGUACAAGAACAGCAUCGCCAGAAACACUUUGAGAAAAGAAGGAACCCAGCUGCCAAUCUCAUUCAGUGCGUUUGGCGUAGUUAUGCCGCUGAUGAGAAGUCUGUCUCCGUUGCCACCUGGAAGCCACACUUGAAGGCAUUGCACACCUGCAGCCCUACCAAUCAGAAGCUAAGUUUUAAGGAACGUGUGCGCAUGGCUAGCCCAAGGGGCCAGAGUAUUAAGAGCCGACAAGCCUCGGUAGGUGACCGGAGGUCUCCGAGCACCGACAUCACAGCCGAGGGCAGUCCCACCAAGGUGCAGAAGAGCUGGAGCUUCAACGAUCGAACCCGCUUCCGACCCUCACUGCGCCUCAAAAGUUCUCAGCCAAAACCAGUGAUAGACGACAAGGUCUGUACUAAGAUCAGUGUGACUGUUGUUCUGAUAUCUGUGUUAUGUCUGACCAGCAAAGGUCCAAGGCCAAAGGACAACCAGGUGCUUUGUGAAUAUCUUGCAACUCAGUUAAUGAUGACUUUUUCUGGUCAACAAUGAAGGUGCCUCUUUCCCUCUCUCACAUGCUCCAUCUAUCUCUAAGUCAGAGACCCGUGUUUAUCUUCCCUAGAGAAAAUCCUUUUGAAAGUUCUUUCAAAAUCUUCCAAUGAUGAGUGAAAUUCAAGUUCUUCUCCCAAGAGGAAUGAACCUAUUUCGUUAUCAUAUUAUGUAGCAGACAUCUACUUGCCAACGCAUUUUAUUGAGUGCCACAUAAUUUUCAUGUUUAUAAAAGAAAACAUUUUAUUUUUCACUUAA